ACCAGCACCUUCCCGGUCUCUCCUCACUUCUCCGCUGCAGUCGGUUCUUCAUCACCUUUAAGAACUAUCCUUGUGUUGUACUUCCAUCUUUAAACAUGACUCAGGUCAACUGCUGCCUCAAAUGGCUCCUAACCAUCUUCAACAUCAUCUUCGCGAUUGUCGGCAUCAUCAUCAUCGUGGUCACUCUGAAUUCUCAGUUCACCUACGCUAACGGAGCCUUAGCUCUGGACGUUCACACCUUCAGGAAACCCGAGCUCUAUAUCGUGGGCUCCAUCAUCAUGGUGAUUGCCAUCCUGGGAGCCGUUGGCGCCUACAGGGAGAGCAAGGCGUGCAUGAUCCUGUUCCUGGUGUGUAUGAUUCUUGGAAGUAUUGUGAUGCUCCUCCCUGGAACCUUAUUGGCUGUCAUCCGUCCCCAGGUGGCGAGCAUGCAGGAGGAGACUUAUCGUGGUUAUCUGCCUCUGGACAAAGCUCCAGCUGAUAAGAGGCACGAGGUCGACAGCAUGCAGAGAGAGAUGCAGUGCUGCGGUCUGUUCAGUUAUAAGGACUGGGAGGGAAACAUCCCCGACUCUUGUCUGUGCAACAAGUUGGAGGAGAUGGAGGGAAAGUGUCAGACAGUCGACUACAGAGGUGUGGUGCAGCAGAAGAAGUCCGUCUACAUCCAGGCCUGCUUCCCCAUCGUCGGCUUCAGUAUCCUGCUGCUUGUUGACAUCGGCAUGGCGAUCUUCUUCACCCUGGCUGUCCUGGGGCUGCUGGGCAUGGUUCUGUCCUCCAUCAUGAUCCACCAGCUGCGUAACCCCAGCAAACCCGUUUUCCUGAUGAUGGCGCCACCCUUCACCAAAUCUCCCAAAUACGAGGAGCUGCACAACGUUCUUCCUCCAAAGUACUACUAGAGGAACAACGCCUUUCCUCAGGCUCGUUGUUAAGGGUCAGGAAGUCCAGUUGUUUGUCC